AUGGACCCUGGUGAAAACUGGAAGCUGGAUGAAACAAACUGGUUGUCCCAUGGUGGGAUCCACCCCUUUUCCAAUGUGAAAGGAGACAAUGACCUCUCCGAAGGUGCCCCAGCCCUCUUUGCUCUGGAUCAGCUGGGCUCCACAUCUGUUUGUUACAAGCCUACCAGCCCUGUCCCAGUGCUGGAAGACACUGGCUUUCUUUACCAGGAUCACCAGUUGUUUACUGGUAGGCCUGAAGCGUCCCUGCUAACAGCUGAAGUGAUCAGUGCCAAAGAAAAAGCUGCUGAGGAGACCGUCUGCACCCUGCGCCCACCCAGCUUCCGCCGUGUGCCAGAGGCGGAGAUGCGAGGGGCGGAGGAGGUGGCAGCCGGCACUGUCCUGCAGCGCCUGAUCCAGGAGCGGCUGAGGUAUGGCAACCCCAGCGAGAACAUGAACCUGCUGGCCAUACAGCACCAGGCGACGGGCAGCGCCGGCCCCUCCAACAGCACUGCCAGCACUCUCUCUUCCGCAGAAAACCUUGCUCCCGAAGACCUGCCAAUGGUCCAGCCGUCAGGGCGGCAGGAACCACAGGGGCAGGAGCACCAGGGGGACGGUGCUGCCAUGGAGAAGCAGCCUCGGGCCCCGCACAGCACCGAGGAGCUCCCCACCUAUGAGGAGGCCAAGGCCCAGUCUCAGUUUUUCCGUGGCCAGCCCGUGCCACCGGCCACCGCCGCCACACCGGGUUUUUAUGGCUCCUCCAGCCAGAAGUCCAGGACGGAGGGGAGGCCGACAGUGAAUAGGGCCAACAGCGGGCAAGCGCAUAAGGAUGAGGCGCUGAAGGAGCUGAAGCAGGGCCACGUCCGCUCGCUGAGCGAGAGGAUCAUGCAGCUCUCUCUGGAGAGGAAUGGGGCCAAGCAGCACCCCCCAGCCCCAGGAGCUGGGAAGGGUUUCAAGGCAGCCCCACAACCCAGCAAGUCCACGGACCCACGGGGCCCGCCUCCCGAGUACCCCUACAAAGGCAAGGCAGCAGCCCCAGGCGGCAAGGGCCAGGAGCACGGGCUCUUCUACGGCGAGCAGUCAUCACAAGAUGUCCUCAAGGCCGCCUAUGCCGCCCCCCAGCCCGCCCGGGCAGAGCUGGCUCUCGUCCGCUACCAGCCACCCCCAGAGUACGGGGUCAGCAGCCGACAAUGCCAGCCUCCCUUCCCGCCGCCGCCAGCCCAGCAGCACAGCCCCAUGUCCUCACAGGCCACCGCUGGCCCUCUGCUCCCGGGCUCCUUGCCCCCGCUGCCAGCCCCUGCGGCCACCCAGACCCCGACGCUGCCGGGCCAGCAGCUGACACCCGACGCCUUUGCCAUCGUGGAGCGGGCACAGCAGAUGGUAGAGAUGCUCUCCGAGGAGAACCAUGUGCUGCGGCAGGAGCUGGAGGGGUACUACGAGAAGGCAGACAAACUACAGAAGUUUGAAAUUGAGAUUCAGAGGAUUUCAGAAGCUUAUGAGGGUUUGGUCAAGACCACCACUAAGAGGGAGUCCCUGGACAAAGCAAUGAGAAACAAACUCGAAGGAGAAAUUAGGAGACUUCAUGACUUCAACAGGGAUCUCCGUGAACGACUGGAGACAGCCAAUAGGCAGUUGGCCAGCAGAGACUUCGAUGGGCAUGAGGGUAAGGGAACAGAGGGCCUUUAUGCCACUCAGAACAAAGAGCACUUGAAGGAGAAGGAAAAGUUGGAGAUGGAGCUGGCAGCUGUGCGUUCAGCCAAUGAGGACCAGCGGAGGCACAUCGAAAUCCUUGACCAGGCCCUAAACAAUGCACAAGCCAAGGUUAUAAAGCUGGAAGAGGAGCUACGCAGGAAGCAGGCCUAUGUGGAGAAGGUGGAAAAGCUGCAGCAGGCGCUGACACAGCUGCAGGCAGCGUGUGAGAAGAGGGAGCAGAUGGAGCGGCGGCUGCGCACACGCCUGGAGCGAGAGCUGGACUCGCUGAGGAUGCAGCAGAGACAGGGCACCUACCAAGCAAGCAACCUUCCAGAGCAUAAUGCCCCAGCCCUCAUGGAGCUGGUGCGGGAGAAGGAGGAGAGGAUCCUGGCCUUGGAAGCUGACAUGACCAAGUGGGAACAGAAGUAUCUGGAGGAGAGUACGAUCCGGCAUUUUGCCAUGAAUGCUGCAGCCACAGCUGCAACGGAGAGGGAUGCCUCAGCCCCAAGCCACUCACACAAUGGCAGCUACGGCGAGACGGCGCUGGAGGUGCGGGGCUGGCAGGAGGAGGAGGAGAUCGUGCAAGCCAACCGCCGCUGCCAGGACAUGGAGUACACAAUAAAGAAUCUCCAUGCCAAAAUAAUUGAGAAGGAUGCCAUGAUCAAGGUCCUUCAGCAGCGGUCGCGGAAGGACCCUGGGAAAGCUGACAGCGCCAGCCUGCGACCGGCUCGGUCCGUGCCCUCCAUCGCUGCUGCUACAGGUGUGCAUUCACGCCAGACCUCGCUCACCAACAACCAGAUAACUGAGGAGAGGAAGGAGGAAAAGCUCUGGAAGGGAAGCAUAGGGCUGCUCUUGGGAAAGGAACACCAUGACCACCCAUCAGGCCCCUCACUGCCUCCACCUCUGCCCUCCUUGUCUUGCAUGCCUGUCCCAGUGCCAGCAGCCUCCCAUGCAAAGACAGGCAGCAAAGACAGCAGCACCCAGACGGACAAAACCGCUGAGCUCUUCUGGCCUGCCACUGCCUCCUUCCCCGGCCGGGGACGCCUGGGUACCACCCCCUCACACAGCCCAGCCCCACGGCCCCUGGGGACACGAGUGGCCAGCGAGAAACUGGAGAACUCCAGCCAUGGGAAACUGUCUGACAGCAAAGGCAGAGUGAGCAGCCUGCUCCACAAGCCUGAGUUUCCAGAUACAGACAUGAUGGAAGUCCUCAUCUGA